CGCCCGAGGUGACACGCCUAUCUCUCGUUAUCACCACUGUGCUCUCCGAGUCGCCAACGCCCUCAGUCCCGCAUAUGGUGGCGAUGGCAGCAAGAGACCUACUGGGCUCGAGCCCAGUGAAACCCUUUUGGCUCCGUGGGUUCGCAGCUGUCUCUGCUUCCAUGUCCAAACGCCUGGUUCCCAACCCACCCGACCUCGUUUCAUGGGUCGUAAGGGAAGGGGGUUUUGUCCACAAGGGUUUGAGGAUCGCUGAUGGAGAAGCUUCAGGUCUUUGCUUAAUGGCCUCUUCAGAUAUAGAAGCUGGUUCAGACCUUAUCUCUCUUCCUAAACACAUUCCUCUCUCUUUUCCUUCUUCUGGUUCUGGCCAGAAAUGGGAUGCUUCUCUCUUCAGGAUAGCUCAGAAAGUACCUGAGGAACUUUGGGCGAUGAGAUUGGGGUUGAAGCUUCUUCAUGAAAGAGCAAAAGUUGGUUCAUUUUGGUGGCCGUAUAUUAGCAACUUGCCUGAAACAUUCAACAUUCCCAUCUUCUUUUCUGGAGAGGGAAUAAAAGAUCUGCAAUAUGCUCCUCUCAUUCACCAGGUGAACAAGCGAUGUAGGUUUCUUCUGGACUUUGAGAAACAAGUGAAAAGUAUUUUGAAGGAUGUGGGACCAGAAGAGCAUCCUUUUGGAGGCCAAGAGGUGAAUGCCUCUUCCUUGGGUUGGGCAAUGUCUGCAGUUUCUUCUAGAGCAUUCCGGUUGCAUGGAGAAGAGCUCACAGAUGGAGUGCAUGAAGACAUGCCUAUGCUUCUGCCUCUUAUAGAUAUGUGUAACCACAGCUUUCAUCCAAAUGCGAGAAUCAUUCAGGAAAAGGGCUCUAAUGAACAUGAUUUCUUAAUUAAGGUUGUGGCAGAGACACAAAUGGAGCAAGAUGCCCCAGUGUUACUGAACUAUGGUUGUUUGAGUAAUGAUCUUUUUCUGCUCGAUUAUGGAUUUGUGUUACCCAAGAACCCAUAUGAUUUUGUGGAGCUCAAAUAUGAUGGUGGUCUUUUGGAUGCUGCAAGUUUGGCUGCCGGAAUAUUCUCUGCCAAUAUUUCUUCUCCAUCUCCCUGGCAACAGCAGAUUCUGACUGAGCUCAAACUAGAAGGAACAGGGGCUGAUCAUAAGUUUUGGUUGCAGGUACGCUUGGGAGGCCCAGAAGUUGUGGACGGCCGGCUGCUAGCGGCACUACGGGUCCUCCUUGCGGAUAAUGCAGAGGAUGUCAAACAAAUCAACCAAACUGCCCUCCAAUCUUUCUCAUCUGACCCUCCUCUUGGUGUGUCCAUUGAGAUCAGUGCUCUUCGUACUGUGCUCGGAUUGUGUGCCAUCUCUCUCCAGCACUUCCCGACCAUGAUUGCUGAGGAUGAGAAGGCAUUGAAAAAUGGAGAGAAGAUAUUCCCUGCCAUGGAAUCAGCUUUGCGCUUUCGAAUGAGAAAGAAAACGUUGAUAAUCGAUACCAUGAGAGACAUCACUCGGAGGCUCAAUUCACUCUCAGAACAGAAAGUUACGAUCUAGAAAUCUGGCCAUCUAUGAAAUGACAUCAUUUUCGCCAACAUUUGUAGGUGUGCACUUUGAUCAUUUAAGGAUUCAAGCUUAUACAAACGGCACCCUUUGCAUAAUCCUGUUUUGGCUUCACCUUGAUGUAAUUGGAUUUGUGAUGGCCUGAGGACAAGGAUUCCAUCUGAAAAAUGAUUCAAACAUUGCAUUGCUUCCUUAAUAGAACGUUUUAUCUUAUUCA